AUGGGAAAUGAACUUAAAAACAUUCCUUUAUCUGGAGUUCAUAUUAUAAAUACUGUGACGGGGCAAAUCACCCAUACACAGUUUCAGUUUUUUGUUAAUUUAGAAGAAUUUAAAAUAUAUGCUGCUGCAAGAUGCAAACUACCUGUGAAUCAAUUAUUUAUUUUAUUACAAGACGGCCAGAAAUUAACUGUUACUACUUUCCAAGAAUGCUCUAAAAAGGCACACGAAGAGGAAGUAUUACAGGAAGUGUACAUAUUUGAUAGAGGAUUAUUUUCCUUGGGAUUACAAAAUGAUGACGAUACAGAUGAUAUGAAUGAGUUAGUAGAAGCUUCAAAAAUAAUAUUAGAUAAAUUACAACCAGAAGAUGCUGUAAACCUUAUUCGGCCAAUUGAAUCGCCCUUAAGUGAUGCUGAUAUACGAUUAGAAACAAUUAAUCACAGAUUUGUAUCGAAUAUACUUACUACAAAUAUUGGUUGGCUCACAGCAUUGGAUAUUGAUAUUCAAUAUUUGACAGAAUCUAUUCAAUCAAAGAUGUCUGAUAUUAAUAAGAUUUUAAAGGGCUUGAAUGUUUGCUCUCGGUAUUUAGAUUUAUAUUGUAUGGAUUCAUUUGAUUUAUUUGAUUCAAAUAUAAAAUACUUAAACCAGUUGAAGGAUUUUGAAAGUUUUAAUAAGUGGGAAGAAUUUUAUGAAAGUACAUUAGCUAAUUUAAAAGGUAUUACGAAUGAUCCAUUAACCUCCUUUUUAAAUAAAAAAUCUCUUGAUAAAAAGGCGUUGGAAGUUAAAAAACUAGAUGUAUAUCUUCGAAAACAUUUUCAAAAGAUGCAAGAAAUUAUUGACGAAAAUGCAAACUUACAAAAAACAUUAAAUUUUGAGAUUGUUGAAUUAGAAAAAAAAUAUUCUCCCAAGACUUCAAAAUCUACAUUGGAAGAGACAAUGAUAUCAAAAUUUUAUGAUAUUUUAUCAACAAUGAAAAAGCAACAAUCAGUCUUAUUAUCAAAGAAGGAUGAUGAUUUAUCCUGGACUAAUUUAAGCUCAAAGAAUGAAAUAUACAAUCAGCUGAUUUAUGCAAAAGAUAAUCAAGUUAAGACUCUUCUAACAAUAGCACAGGCUUUGUUUUCUCAAUAUGAUGAAAUAACAACACUUAAAAAGCAAUUACAAAUUGAAAAUAUUCAGAAAUGGGGUAGAAUUGCUACAAUUCAAAUCAAUGUCUCUGAGAUAAAGAAAGAACUUCUUACAAAUUGUAAUGAAGAAUUAAGCAUUUAUAAAAGCCAUCAACUUGUUUUCGCAAAACUAAAAGAUUUUCCAAUUGUUUAUGGAUUAUAUCUUAUUGAGCUAUUACGACGAAAAUUAUGGAUCAAUUUCAUCUUAAAAGAUGGUCUUAACUUUGCUACAUCUUAUAAGUUGAAUUCUCAUAACGAAGAAAUAAAAAGGAAAAAGUGGCUGGAUAAUUUUGGACAUUUAUUAAAUGAUUUCAAUUUAGAGCUGCCGUCUGAAAAAGAAGACUUAAAAGUGAUUAACUGUUUUUUUGGGCGAGAUAUAAGUAAUCCAGCUACUAACCCAGCUGUAAAAUUAAAAAAUCAACAAGAAGAAACUUUAACCUCUGUGCUGGAGAUUGAAAACUUUCUCAAUAAAUAUAUUUCAUCUUUACAAGACAAUGAUUUAUUUGCAAAUUCUGUAGAUAUUUUGACUAAGAAUAUCGAAAAAGUUAAGUAUUUUCAACAUAAUGCACUUCUAUCAGAAAAUAAAAAUCCAUUACCUACUAAAUUUCAUAAAAGUUUAACUCAGCCUGUGUUACCUCUUGAUCAAAAUGAAAUAUUCCUAAAUAAUGCAACAGGUAGUGGGAUAGAUAAUAAUAAUAAGGUAUUGGUAAAUGGAUUUAGAGACAGAAUAUCAUCCAUGAGCAACAAGAUGUUCCAAUCUAAUGUAAUUUCUAAUGUAUCUUCUAAUUCAUUAUUUCCUACAGUGAAACCAGAAAUUGAACGUGAAUAUUUGCAACUAAAAGAUGAGGUUCGAAUUUUGCGCAAAGAAAAUGAUAUGAAGACUUCCAAAAUUCAAUCCUUGGAAUCUCAAAUUUCUGACAAUAAUGUUGAAAUACACGCUUAUAGAGAAACCUUGACAUCCCUAAAUAAGGAGCUUUCUAGAUUAAUAACUGAAAAAGAGGAUAAUACAGCACUAAAAAGAGUUAAGGAUGCCGAAUUUCGAGAUCAUAUUCAAAAAAUUAUUAAUCAAAAUGUUAUUCUAGAAAACAAAUUAAUAUCAUCCUCAAAAUAUUCAGAGAGGCUUGAAAUUGAAAAUAAAAAACUUCUUAGCUUCGUACUAAAUAUCAAGGUUGAAUUAACUCACAUGCGAGAAGAUUUUUUCAAUUACUUUGAUAAAGCAAAAUCCCAAUUAAAUCUUAUCACACUAAAAUAUACGAACUUUAAGAAUAAAUUACCCAAAUCCUUACUCCAACAAUUACCAAAUGCCUCUAAGAAUGCGAGUGUAAUAGGCAUAAAUCAAGUAAAUUUUUUCGAUCAGUCAUUGACUUCUCAAACUGAUUCUUAUAUCAACAGUUCUAACAAUAUGCCACUGAAGCUACUGGAAAUGAUUGUACAGAUUUUUAAAGCUAAUGUAUGUAUUUUAGAAAAUAUUGGAUUGUUGCCAACUAUUGAUAAGACUAAUAACAUUCAGAUCAUAAGAGUUAGAGGUUUACGAAAUAACACCCUAAGUGACAGUACUGCUGGUAGUAUUUCUGAUAGCACUUUUUUAAUUGACCAAAAUGAAAAAAUCAAAAGCACAUUUUUUAACAACGUUUUCCAAGAAUACUCCAAUAUGAAGAAUUUCGAACAACAAGAAGUAAAUAGCAUCGUUGUAAAUCCAAUAUUACAAUUAUUUAAAAAUCACUUGUUGGAAAACGCAGUAGUACGAAGAUUUAAAGAUAUUGAAUCAUUAGCCAAAAGAUAUAAAAAAGAAAGUAAAUUUAGAAAAAGUGUUUUGGAAACAUACAAAAAAGAAAAGAUUACUUUGAAGAAUUUUGAGAUUGGUGACCUGGCAUUAUUUUUACCAAUGAGUGAUAUUUCGAUUCCUAUUGAUUCUAAAGCAUCAUCUGUUAAUUCCUCCUUUUCAUCGGUGGAUCUUUCAACACCUCCAACGUCAGAGAUGUUGAUGAACAAGGCAAUGUCAUCAAUUUCGAUAGACACAUCAUCUAGAAGAAAGUCUAAUUAUUCUUGGGCAGCUUUUACAGCAUAUGGUGAAACUAAACGUUAUAUUUUGAAAGAAGAUACAAAGGUUCCGGAAGGUAAUGACUGGUUCUUGGGAAGAAUAGUAGCUUUGCAAAAUAAAGUUGUAACAGAAGAAGAGCCAAAUCGCUAUAAACUACCGCUCGGUUCCCAAUGGUGUAAAGUUAGUGCUACUAUAAUAUGA